GCCUCCAUAGGUGUCAUGGCGGCCGCCGGAAGCGGAAGUUGCCGAGCACGGGCGAGGCCGCUCCCCCGGGCUGCGGUGGCGGAAGCGCGCGGGGGGGGUGUCUCUGUUCGCAGGAUGCUGGCGCGAGGCCGGCGGCUGCUGCGCUGCUGGAAGCCGCUCUUCACUGGCCGCCUGCUGCUGCUGACCAACACGGCGAGCUGCGGCGCGCUGCUGGCCGCUGGCGACACGCUGCAGCAGGCCUGGCACCGCCGGCGGCACCCCGACACCGAGCACCAGCUGGCCCGCACAGGUCGCAUGUUCGCCGUCGGCUGCAGCAUGGGCCCACUGAUGCACUACUGGUACCUCUGGCUGGACACUGCCUUCCCGGCACAGGGCGUGCGGGGGCUGAAAACCGUCCUGAAGAAAGUCUUCAUCGAUCAGCUGGUGGCAUCGCCCGUCCUGGGCGUCUGGUACUUCCUGGGUAUGGGCACAUUGGAAGGCCAGACUGUGGAGGAAAGCUGGGAAGAGCUGAAGGAGAAAUUCUGGGAGUUCUACAAGGCAGACUGGUGCUUCUGGCCAGCCGCUCAGCUAAUGAAUUUCCUCUUCAUCCCACCCAAGUACCGGGUGGUUUACGUCAACGUGAUCACGCUGGGCUGGGACACCUACCUCUCUUACCUCAAGCACAGGCCUGGCCACCCUCCGAGUGCCAAGCACGACUCCCCGCGUGAGAAGCAGCGCAGUGUCAGGGGGUAGAGAGGCAGCUGCGCCGUUUUGGGAGGCUCCUGCCUGCAGCGAGCGGAUUUUUGGGCGUUGUGGUGGGCUCAAUCCACCCAACAAAGCGAUGGCCUGAGCCCAUGGCAGCCUGGGCGGAUCUUGCUCGUUAUCUCACCGGCUGAUCGCAGCGAUGGGCUGGGGGCGUAUUUGUAACCACUCUCAUCUCAGGCUUGCCGGGAAAGCUGAUUUCUCAUUAUGAGAACCCACAUUACCAGGGUGGAGGAGCUGCCACAGCCCUGCUUUGCCAUCAGUGCCCUGGGGAGAGUCUCCCCACCACUGCAGUCAGGUUUUUAUCCCUUCUCCAGGACAAGGCUGGCCCCUUGUGCCCCUCCAGCUCCCUCCUCCUUCCUUUGGCAUUGCCAGCUGCCCGUGUCCCUGCCGUGCUUCCACUCCAGCUGCUGGGGAGAAGGAUGCAGCCCUUCUGCUCCCGGUGCUGCUCCUCAGCCCUUUCCUGGCUGUUUUUUCCCCUUUGAGUUGAAGGCAGAAAUCUCUCGCCUUCCCCUGCGCUCGCUGCCUCGGCUCCUUCCCGCUCCCCCUCGCGCCCACCUCCCCGCUGCCGCGCGUGGGCUGCAGCCGCCCAGGUUGUUCAAAAAUAGCCGUGUGAGCGCCGGCGGCUGCUCUGGCAGAGCCGACACAGGAGGGUUUUGGGGGGUUUUUAAGGCAAAGAUUUUUGUAGGAUUGGAACCACAGCUCCCAUCUCAUCACGGCUGCCCCAUCCCUGGAGGGGUUCCAGGCCAGGUUGGAUGGGGCUUGGAGCCCCUGAUCCAGUGGGAGGUGUCCCUGCCCAUGGCAGGGGUGGAACUGGAUGGGCUUUGAGGUCCCUUCCAACUCAAAUCAUUCCAGGGUUCUCAUCCCAGCCCCAAGGAAGCCGGACACUCGCUCCAUAACCUGGGAUCUUUCCAGCAGUGAUGAAAACUGCCUAAACUUGGGGUGGUUUUUAUCCGUAAAGCUUAACUCUGUGCCUUAUUUACUUGUCCUCUCCCAUCUUGCCCCACACA